AGCAGGGCAUCUCUUUAUAUGUAUCUUGGUUUAAGUUUAAGAAUUGGCCAAAAAAAAAAGAUGACGGAUGCCGCGUGGAGGGAAACACGGGGACCAAGACGAGUUGAAGAGCAUUGGGUUGUCCACACUAGGUCCAGAAAAUGCUAGGCAAGGAAUGGAUGGAAAAGCGACAAAUUGCAUGGGAUUGGCGGUGGCGGGAGCUGCUCUCGUAACAAAAUUUAAAAAAGGACGGAGGAAUGCAGCACAAGAGCCAAUUUGCAUGCCGAAAGAGAGAGAGAAGGGGCGCUGAACAUUUAGGCACCUACCACUCAGUUUCAGAUCAAGUGGGGACUGACUUUUAACUUUUAAGGCACCCAAUCCUUCCCCAUUGGCCAUUGAAUAUCACAAACCUGAUCUUUCAAGCUCAGCCCUCUGACAAUCUGACUUCCAUUGAUUCAUAACAAGCCUCUCCAAAUCGACACCAUGUGGAUGUCUUUAAGUUUGCCAAAAUGAAACUACCCCUUGAUCAAUGUAGCACAAAGUCAACGCUACCCCUCGUUCCCUUGCGAUGCGAAAUGCAAAAUGCUGGUCGUAACAGGGCAGGCAGCGAAAGAAAUGUCUUCUUGGCUAUUAGAGAAGCUGAUUAUCCACCAAUAUUACUGCCUGCCUUGGAUUGAUCAUGACAAGGCAAAAUUGAGAAGCCAUGAGUUAAAAGUUGCAGGAAGAAAAGAAAACAGAAAUGGUCUGGAAAACGCUAAUUGUCAGAGAGAGGAGAAGAAAAGAUUCCAUUUUCCAACCCAAAACACAUUUCUUCCCACCAAUGCCACGCUUCGCGUCUGCAUGCAGAAACGUCUUCGAGAAUACUUCCCCACUUAUCUCUUUUGCCCUUAUCUCUUCUGUUCCCAAGCCCAUACGGUCCCCUCCAUUUAAUAAUUAUGCUCAGAGCCUUCACAUUUUCCAACUCUUGAGAACUUGGGCUUCUGAACUCUCUUUUUUUUAUCAGAUCACCCACCAAAAGCUAGCUACGUCAGUUGCAUUCUUUGCUACUUCUUAAUUCAGUUCCUCCAUUAACCCUUCUCCCACCCCACCCCAUUUCUUCUUCUUUUUUCACAAAGGCAUGGAAGAUGAUCAUCGAGAGAAAGUUUCCCAAACCAAGGUAGACGACGGAACAACAAGAGUUUUCCCUUGUUUAUUCUGUUCUAGGAAGUUUUACAGCUCUCAAGCCUUGGGAGGCCACCAAAAUGCCCACAAGAAAGAAAGAAGUGCUGCAAGAAAGGCUAAACGGGCAUCCGAAUAUGGACCGACCAGCUUCUCAUCUUCUCCGACAUUGCCUAUGGUUUAUGCACCAGCAAGCCACCAUUUAGGAACUUUACACCCUCCAAUGUAUAUAACAGCCCAUGCUGCCAACUUGCGUUGUUUCCCUAAUAAUCACCAUAUAUCAGACAGAUUCGGAUCCAAUGGAGCCGCCAGGUUCGAUAACAAGGUGGUGUUUUAUGGUGGGAGUAGCAAUGGAUAUCACCACCACCAUCAUCAUCAGUUUGAAGAAGAGGAGCAAAGUCACUUGAAUUGGCAGAGGAGCAUAAGAUGCAAUAGAGGCUUGUCUCAGCGGCUAGCAAUGGCGGAUAGCAAUCAAGGCGCUGGGAGUGCCGAUCAUAAGGACAAAGAUCAAAAGCUUGACCUAUCUCUUCAUUUAUGAAGAAGAGAGAAUAUUGAUGGGCAUGCAUUUUUGUUAGAGUAAUUAUUUGUUUGGCUUUCUAAAUAUGUUUUUUUACAAUAACGAUAUCUUGACUUCAUUCAUUCUUUUGCAAAUUGUUUGGAAGAGGGGGAACGCUGAAGUACGUACUAACAUUUCCAAUCAUCAA